CUGGUAAACAGCCGUCAACAAGUUCUCCCGCCGACCGCUUCACGCUGCCUCACUUUCCUUCUGUUCAGUGAAAUUAUCUACUAACCGUCUUAUUUUAUUUCUCUACAAGACAUUUUUGGCAAAAUGCCGGCCGUCGUGCCGCGUCCCUCCCUUAGUGCGGAAGCAGCAAGAGCUGCAGUCUUGCAAGCAGAAUUCAAUGAGAAACGUUGGGUAUGGAUCCCUGAUGAGAAGGAUGGAUAUGUCGCUGGAUGGGUUCUUCAUGAAGAGGAUGACACUGGCGAAGUAAUGUUGGCGGGUGGCGGAGAGUCGCGAACAGUCCCGUUAUACUCUCUCUCCAAGAUGAACCCUCCUAAAUUUGAUCGGGUGGAUGACAUUGCUGACCUCACAUUUCUAAACGAGGCAAGCGUUGUACACAAUCUUCGUCUUCGCUAUGGCUCGGGGGCCAUCUACACAUACUCAGGGCUCUUCUUAGUGGCCGUAAAUCCUUACACUAAUCUCCCACUGUACAGCGAAACUGUCGUCCAACAAUAUCGCAAUAAACGGAAAGAUGAGAAUCCACCGCAUAUUUUUGCUAUAACAGAGCGUGCUUGGGUAAAUAUGGGAGAGAACAGGGAGAACCAAUCUAUUCUCAUCACUGGGGAGUCUGGGGCAGGGAAAACUGAGAACACGAAGAAAGUCAUUCAAUAUCUUGCCUCAAUAGCUGCUGAAAUUGCCAGUGGACCUGAUGGGCUACCUUUAAUGGCAGAUGCUCAUUCUGUUAUCCCACAAUCUCCGUCAUUUAAGCGAGGUCAUCGAGCAAACACCCUGAGUCAGGCGAUCAUCAAGUCCCCCGCUCUUGGUCUUCUCGAGCGACAAAUCCUUCAAGCGAACCCCAUCCUUGAAGCAUUUGGGAAUGCUCAAACACAGCGAAACAACAAUUCUAGCCGAUUCGGUAAAUUCAUUCGGAUCAGUUUUACGCGUGACGGGAACAUUGCAGGUGCCAACAUAGAUUGGUACCUCCUUGAGAAAAGUCGUAUAUCUUAUCGCAGCGAAGCGGAACGUUGUUUCCAUGUGUUCUAUCAGCUUCUCGAGGGAGGAGGUUCCUUGCGGAGUAGGUUGCUAUUACUUAUGGAGGGCGAUAGUACUCAAAGAAAUCUCUGAAGAAUCUCUAUUGCUUGACGGUGAUGUGGAGGACUACGUAUACCUCAACAAGUCUAGACGUCAUGUGGAUGGUGUUAACGAUGCUGAAGAGUGGAAAGCCUCAAGAAUGCCCUUGAUGUCGUGGGGUUCACAGCGGAUGAGCAGUUCGACUUAUUCCGGGUUGUUGCGGCGACAUUGCACAUCGGCAAUAUUGACGUUACAUCCGAUCG